AUGAGUGGAUCACAUGGGUGUUACUUUCCCAUCGAGUACCAGGGCACAUUCCUCAUCCAGACACAGGCAUCAGGUGCCGAUGGGGGCAGUAUUGUCACGUACUCUGAGAUCACAAUAGAGGCGGAUGCGAUCCCCCCGUGGGGUCGAUGCCAUAAAAGACGGGGCAAUAAUGUUAUACUCAAAGACAGUACCGGAGCCGAGGAUUGUAUGCGUUGUUUCCAUCUGACUAUGAAGACACCAAAUGUCAUUCAAUUACACACUGAAGGUUUGGCGCGUUGUUAUACCAACGAGGACGCGGCCAGAGCUACCUGUCCUCUAGAUAAGGAUGUGCUCGAAAAGAAAUUCAAAGAAAUAAUGCUCUUUCGUAAACACAUACCGGGGGGCUUACAGUCUGUGGAACACGUAUUCUGUCCGUUCAACGGGAAGUAUAGAUUCACAUAUAUGGCCAACAAUGGGGAACAACACUGCGACCAGAAUUACUCGGAACUGUCUAACUGUCCGCACGGCAACGCACUGGGAGCUAAGUUCAGACAGUGCUCCUUCCCCACUAUGGACAUCCACUUCCUUUGUUUGGGGGACUGGGAGAGUCAUACGGGAGAGCGAUAUUUGGCACUAAUGGAUUUGCGCGAACAACCAGAAGCAAGACCUAAGUAUCGCUGUGGGUUGUAUAACGAGGAGCCGACGACCGGUAAGAUUCAUGUGUCGCUGUCGGCCGACUCGACCUGUACGACCCAACUCAGGAGUGCCACCACUGGCUUCGAGUCACUUGUUUUAUCUCCCCUGCCCAAUAAGAAAACGCCGGUUUUGGUGGAGAACUCCAAGUGCCGGUUCCCCGACUGGAUGCAGGGCAAGUGGGAACAGUCGACCAUCGAUGGCAAUCGUUUCACGUUCAGGGAUGAGUCCAACCAAUUCCGCACAAUUACAUCCCGUGGAGAUGAAUCUUAUACCUGUGUUUGGAUGAAACGCCGUUCCCCUAAUAUAUUGGAGUUCCAAUUCGCCCACAAGUCCAGUGAAGUGAUGUCUGACAGCCUAUGUAAUGACAAUCACUUCUCAUCAAAUUGGAUAACUCAAGGCACGACAACUAUAGCGCAAUCGACGUCUUGUCCAAUAACUGGUGAUUAUAGUGGUGUAGUUCCGGGCGCUUCUGGUCUUUGUGCGAAAGUGGCCUCUGAUUGCAAUAAUCCCGACAUUAUGUUCUACAGUGUCAGCAGUUGUGAGAAUAGGACCCAUGUUUAUGAAGAAAGAGAAUAUCGAUGUCUCGGUAAUUGGGAAGAGGAUGGAGUGCUCUACACAUACACCCAGAGAAGGGAUAUGCCGGGACACCAGUGCUUUGCCGGAAAAAUCUAUAGAAGCGGUGACGAGGCGUUCAUCAAAGAGGCCGGAGAGAGUUGUGUCAGGGGAGAGGAUCCACUCAUUUUUGGGAUGAAGAUAACAAAACACGCGUCGUGUCCCCGACAGCCUCCCAUCACAUCCUAUGUUCCUAUCCGUCCCAAUUGGAAGCCCGACAAAGGCUUUCCAAUGCCACCCCACCAGCCAUCGGUCUACCCGCCAAUUAGACCCUUACCGGCCCCGGGGCUGAAGCCUAUACUAACGCCACCAGCGCCCCGACCGGCCAUUACGCGGGACCCGUACUGGUAUGACGCUGACACACAGCCCACCACCAAAUCUUGGAGACCAAACACAACAGAUCGAAAGGUGGAGACGAAAGAAGAGAAGAAUAUGUGCUCACAAUUGAGGCCAUCAUUCGCAUCAUUGCUCUUAGUUUUAAAUCCAAUUAAAGUCUGUGAUCAUAGCUUAGAAAACUAA